CGUGAAACUGCUGUGACAUUUCUGAGAAAGACAACUGAGUUACAUGAAAUCAGGUUGACUAAAUGGACUAACUGAAGAACGAUCAUCUUUUGCGACUUUCCACCAGAUCUCAUGGAAACUUUGAAAUGCUGGAGUUCACUACAUGGAUAUGUUAUGUUUAUAUUCCUUACAACGGUCAGCAAAGGGUCAGCAUGUGAGGCUCCUUCAAGUCCUGAGUGCUUCAGGAAUAAUUCUGAGCAAUCUGUUUACAUGUGUGAAUGGAGCAUGACCACAACUGAGAGCGAUGUGAUAUUUGACCUUUACUUCAGGCGAAGCCAUCCAGUGUGUUGGAUGCAUGGCAAGUGCAUCGCGGCUGCAGAACAUCUUGUUUACAGUGAAAAGAAAUUUGUCAAAAUAAAGGAAACCUACAUUGAGAUCGCUGAGGAACUGCUGAUCCGACAUCAAUCUGUUGACAUUUGGGUGGAAGCUCAUGUAGGAAACUUCAGCUGCAAGUCACCCAGGAAGUCUGUUGUACUCGGGGAUACAGUCAAGUUUGAAACACCACAAAUAAUUUCAGUGUCCUGGGUAAAAAAUAAUAGCUUAAGAAACAACAUCAGCUUAAUCUGGAAGGCUGCAGAGAACCAUCAAGCUUCAGCUGAGGUCAGGUUUCGACGAGAUGGACACCCCACAGAAUCAUGGGAAAAAAUAUCAACAUACACCACCAUGAUGACUGCACAAAGUUCUCCACAGGUCCCGACUUCACAAAAAGGGGUGACUCUUGAAUACAAGGUCAUUGUUGUGAACCUCUUGAAGCAUUCAGCUUACCAGUUUCAGAUCAGACAUCAGUCCACUCAGGCCCGAAACCCACUGUGGAGCAAAUGGUCUCCAGUUCUGAUGGUUCCUGCAGAGCUGGAACAUGAACCUGAAGUUAACAUCAAAACAAAGGUUGUAAAUGGCUCUCGAGAGGUGACACUAACUUGGAAGCCAAUGCCACAUGCAGCAGCAGUCGGAGGAGUGACCUACCUGCUGGAGGACACACAGUCUUCUCAUGGAUGUCCUUGUAAGAGGACAAAGAGAGGCAGACAUCACAACAACACUGUUAUUUAUGUGUCAUACUCUGCUGUCAACAUCUCACUUACUGCCAGAAACAUAGCGGGGUAUUCUCCUUCAGCACUCAUAGAAGUACCAGCCGUACCUGCAGCAGAUUUAAAACCUUGUGACAACAUGACAUUGGAUGAAAAAUUAAAAAAGAAAACUUGCAAGCAGUGGUAUGAGCUUCGAGAUCAAGAUUCAAGACCACAAAAUGUUAUAACCUUAGCAAGUAAGAAAAAAAAAGAAAGGGAGCGAGUAAAAAAGAGAAUGCAGGACUAUGUUCGCUACCUUCACUUUGAACACACAUGUGACAAUGAGAAGCCACGGACAGUUAAAAUGUGCCUCUUUUACAAAAAAGAGGGUGCACCACACAGAGAACCACAGGUCUUUGCUGCUAUUAAUGACGCACACAAUUCUGCUCUCCUGUCCUGGAAAGCAACUGCCUCUGAGCACCAGCAAGGUUUUCUCACGCACUACAGCCUGUGCAGUGUGAAAGUCAGCUCACAAGAAGGGCAGGAAGGGUGCCGGAAUAUAUCAGCCUCACUGACCGAAUACUGCCUGGAAAACUUGGAACCGGGAGCAAAAUACAACAUCAGCCUGGCCGCAGUGACACGAGCGGGAGAAGGCCCUAAAGCCAUAAUAAAUAUCAGCAUACAGCCAGAGAAGAAAAUGAAUGUGUGGCUGAGUUUUGGCCUGCUGAUUGCAUUCUUUUUAGGCACAACAAUGUGCACUGUUAUCUUGAAGAGAAUCAAAAACAAGAUCUUUCCUCCUGUGCCGAAACCCGUUAUUCCAGAUUUCAACCUCUUUCAGCCGGAGAAUCAGGAAUUACUAGAGGGGAAAGAGGAGGUGAAUGAUCUAACGCUGCUCCAGCUGCAUCCAAAGGUGAAGUCUGUCCCUGAGGAUGCAGGGGAGACCACCACACUCCGAGGAGAGUGGGAUGAUGGGAGUGACAAGCACAUGGAGAAUGAGAGGGGUGUUUCGAGGAUGUCAGGAGGAACCAGUGAUGAGAGCCCCGGCUCUACAGAUCAGGCACUGAGAAGCUCCAGAGAAGGAGAAAUAACAGAUCUUGAACAAGAGGACAAUGAGAUUGCUAUGUUGGUAUACAGGAAUGGUUUGGUCUUUGAUGUGAAGGCAGAUUAGCCUUGAAAUGAAUGUAAGUGUGGAUAUUUACUGCAUCGUUGCGCACACACAAAGGGUUGAUAUAUGCGUUCAUAUGGGUUAGUACUUUCUUGUGUCAAGAGUUUUAUAUUUUUGAACAAUAAUAUUUCUGCAAAAGCAUCCCGUUAAGCAUCCCGAAAAAUGCAUUGUUUUUCCCAGUUUGACAUGAGUGUAUUUUUUAAUUUAUGCCAGUGACAUUUCACAUACAAAAGCCAGUAUAUGAAAGAAGGAGGGUAAUCCAGUCACAGGCUUUGUCAGUGCAUGUUGUUGAUAUAACUUUUUUGUAAACUGUGGAUAGUAAAUCUUUUUUCAGACGUGCAGUUUUUGAUAUUUUUAGGUUUUUCCACACCAUCAAAUUGUGAUGACCGAUUUUGUUCUAGAGGCCUGCUUUAGGACGGCAGUGUCAGUCAGUUCACCACUUUGUACUGACUUUCAUGAUCCCCAGAGGGUGAACCAUACUGACUUUGGUGAUGCCCUGACUUUUCCUCUUGCGUCAACACAAGGUUGACAUGUGGUUCAGAGGAAAAUAUCUUGACGACGGUGCCAGGAAGUUUGGUAUACACAUUCAUGUUUGUUGAUCCUCUGACUUUUCUUUUAGCCCCAUCAAUGGGUCAAAAAUUCUAUGUCCAAAUACAAGCAAAAUGAAUGCCUAAGCUGUACCUAAGUGCUAUUUUGCAUGUUAGGAAACUUUAAUAACAAUUAAUUAAUAACAAUUAAAAUUUAAUAACAAAUAAAACAUGAACAAUUAAAAACCA